AUGUCGAACAAACUCGCCUUUACGGACGUCCUACCUCUUCCGAAUUCAUCGGUCAAGAUCCCGCGACUUGGGUUCGGUGUCUAUCGCUCUCCGGCCGCGCAAGCCACACAGUCGAGUCUCAAGGCACUUGAGGCAGGAUAUCGACACAUCGACACAGCGCAAUUCUAUGCGAACGAGAAAGAGGUUGGGGAGGCGAUCCGAAGCUCUGGUCUUCCCCGCAGCGAAAUCUUCGUGACCACCAAGAUUCUCGCCCCCGCGGGCUCGCCUGAAGAAACCUACAAAAAGAUUUCGGACAGCGUGGAUAAGAUCGGUGGCAAGGAUGGAUACGUGGACCUUUUCCUCAUUCACAGCUCUAGCUCCGGGUCGGCUGGCCGCAAGGAGCUUUGGCAGGCGUUGGAAAGGCUGCUAGAAGAAGGCAGAACAAAGAGUAUCGGAGUCAGCAACUUUGGCGUAAAGCAUAUCGAAGAGCUGAAGCCAUUCGCCAAGGUCUGGCCGCCACAUGUUAACCAGAUUGAGCUCCACCCAUGGUGCCAGCAGCGGGUAAUCGACGCGUACUGCAAGAAGCACGGAAUAGUCGUCGAGGCUUAUUCGCCAAUUGUUCGAAAUUACAAGGCCAACGACCCUACCCUAAUCGAGCUUGCCAAGAAGUACAACAAGGCGACACAACAAGUUCUGAUACGCUACGCAUUGCAAAAGGGCUGGGUUCCGCUCCCAAAAACGGACGACCCGGAGCGCAUUGUUUCCAACGCCGAUGUAUUCGACUUCGAUAUCUCCGAUGAAGACAUUGCCGUGUUGAAUGCACUGGACCAGGGAAGUGCGGGGGCCAUAGUAGAGGCUGUUGAGAACGAGUAGAUCGUGUCGUCUAGAUUCUAUGGUAGUAGUAAUGCAAGUCUGAAAAUUUUAAUAGUCCGGUGGUUGCAUGAGAAAUGCGUUGACCGAUUGCAACGUACUGCGCGAGGGAUUCACGUCGUUUUUUGAGGACACUAUCCAAGCAAGACGUUGUCGGAUGAAUUGUUUGCCUAUCGUUUCUGUUCGAGGCCCGACAAAUUCACCAGCAUCACUAUAGAAUAAGCAUAUUAUUGUG